AUGAUUAUUCCAGUGGUGUUUCACAAUCUUCAAGGGUAUGAUGCUCAUUUGUUUAUUAAACAGUUGUCUAGUUUGAAAGGUGACCUCACCUGUAUUCCUUCAACAGAAGAAAAAUACAUUUCUUUUUCCAAAAAGAUUAAAGUUGAUGAGUACCAAUCUAGAGAUGGAAAAAAUGUUUCUUUGAAUAUGGAGUUAAGAUUUAUUGAUUCUUACAAGUUUCUUCAAACGAGUCUUGCCAAUCUUGUUAAAAAUUUACAACCAGAUGAUUUUUAUAAUACAAAAGAAAUAUUUAGGGAAAAUGUAGAUCUACUAACUCGUAAGGGAGUUUAUCCUUAUGAUUAUGUUUCCUCAAUCGAAGAACUAUCUGAAACACAAUUACCUCCAAAAGAAGAAUUCUAUUCAAAACUAAAUGAUGAAUGUAUAUCAGAUGAUGAUUAUCAACACGCUAUUAAUGUCCGGAAUACAUUCAAAUGUAAAACAAUUAGAGAUUAUCACGAUCUUUACCUAAAGUCUGAUGUUCUCUUGUUGGCAGAUGUAUUUGAGAACUUUAGAAAAACUUGUCUUUACCAUUACAAUCUAGAUCCAGCACAUUACUAUACAUCUCCUGGUUUGGCUUGGGAUGCAUGUCUCAAAGAAACAGGCCAAGAAUUACAACUGUUGCAUGUUUAUGAUAUGUUGAUGAUGUUUGAAAAAGGUAUUCGUGGAGGAAUAUCACACAUAUCAAAAAGAUACGGGCAGGCGAAUAACAAAUACAUGAAAGAUUACGAUCCUGAUGAACCUUCUACUUAUAUUCAAUACCUUGAUGAAAACAAUCUUUAUGGAUGGGCAAUGUCACAAUCACUUCGCACACAUGGAUUUAAAUGGAUGAGAGAUUUAACAAAAGACACUGUAAUGGACAUUCUGGAGAAAUCAAAUCAUAGUAUGAUAAAUCCAAAGAAUAAAAAAGGAUAUAUAUUUGAAGUAGAUUUGGAAUACCCCCCUGAUCUAUGGGCGGCUCAUAAUGACUAUCCACUUGCACCUGAGAAAAUGAUUGUUAACGGUGUUGAAAAACUAAUUUGUCAUUUUAAACCGAGGAAAAACUACGUUGUACAUUAUCGAAAUUUAAGACAAUAUCUUGAGAUGGGAAUGAGAAUAACUGCUGUUCACAGAGGAAUAUCUUUUAAUCAGAGUUGUUGGAUGGAACCUUACAUCAGAAAGAAUACAGAACUUAGAAAAACAGCAGUCAACAGUUUUGAGAAAGACUUUUUUAAACUAAUGAAUAAUUCCGUAUUUGGAAAAACAAUAGAAAACAUAAGAAAAAGACAAAAUAUAAUACUUGUUGAUAAUCGCCACAAAGCUGUAAAACUAACAAGUCGUCCAAACUUUGACCGCUCAACAAUAUUUGAUAAAAAUGUUAUUGCAGUUCAUAUGAAGAAAACUGAAGUUUAUUUCAACAAACCAGUAUAUGUUGGGCAAGCAAUACUUGAUCUGUCAAAAACAUUAAUGUUUAAUUUUCAUUAUAAUUACAUCCGAAAGAAAUACAACGAUGCAGCAGAGCUAAUGUUUACAGAUACUGACUCACUUUUGUAUCUUAUCCAUACGGAUGAUUUUUAUCGUGAUAUAUUUUAUGACAUAGAAACUAAGUUUGACACAUCUGAUUAUCCCCCUAACCACCCAUCUGGUAUAAAAACAGGAGUUAACAAAAAAGUAAUAGGAAUGUUUAAAGAUGAAGUAGCUGGUUGCCAGAUUACUCAUUUUGUUGGUCUUCGUCCAAAGCUUUGUAGUUUCAAGGUUGAGGACCCGACUACAGGAGGGGUGGGUGGAAUAACCAAAAAGUCGGACGAAGUUUGCAAGUGUAAAGGCGUUAAGAAAAAUGUUGUUAAACGCGAAAUCUCAUUUGAGGACUACGCCCAGUGUUUGUUUUCUGGUGAGAAGCAGAUGAAGUCGAUGAAAAUUAUAAGAAGUGAAAAUCACGACCUCUACUCAAAGGAAGUAAAUAAAAUAGCUUUGAGUAAUGAUGGUGAUAAACGCAGUGUAAUGGAGGAUUGUAUUCAUACGCUGGCCUUACGGUAA